AUGUCGAUAAUUUUCUUUCCACUCUCUCUUAUGUUUCACGAAAUUUGGUCUUUUUUCGCUAGAUUCUUUGACUCAAAAAAGAUAUCUCCUCAAGAAGAACAGGAAAAUAAUCAAAUAAUCCCAUUAGAAGACGACCAGAACAACAACAACCAAGACAGUCAAAACUCUACUCCCGAUACCGAGAAUCACAACACCAAUAAUACGGCUACAACUACGUCAACGACCGAAGAAAUUCCUCCGUCUCUGAGGAUGGGAAUUGGCAAUUAUUCUAACCCUACCUCAAACAACCACCAACGUAAUUUUCAUUCUGGUGGAAGUAAUCAACCUAAUCCACAUAGUCAACUCAAUUUACGUUUCAAAUUUGAAGCAACAGGCGGAAGCUAUGAUCAUUCGAGCAGGCAUGAACACUUUCGCAGAGAAUCAAAAGAAAAGGUGAAUUGCGGUGCACGUCUUAAGGAACUUCGUAGAUGUCUCGAGUAUGGUGUAUGGACUCCAAAUACUGCUAAAACUAACUAUCGUUAUUGA